CGCGCGCGUCACCUCACCGUUUCGUCCUGCAACUAGUUUGUCUGAAAUGUUUUGCCGUACAUCGUCACAGCGGCCUAACCGUCCUCAGAACAAACUAUUUAUACGCACUUCACUAAAAGAACAAAAAAACUUGAACCUUUGAAAAAUACCAUCUCAUUUUUUUUAGUUACAACUGAACAGACCGAAGUCUCGAUGCAGAGGACAUCAGAUUACGAGGAUGAUUUCCUUGGCACAAAAGAGGAAGACGACACUAGUUUCGAGAAGUUUCGAGUUGGCUGGACCAGAGCAGACAUCAGCAAAGAAGCUUCUCCUGAGCGGCUGGAUGCAAAACCCCCUCAUAUUAAAGAGGAAGAGGAGAGCAGAGAAGUCUCCCGCUUUAAAGAGGAAGAAGAGCAGCAGGCCCCUUACAUUAAAAGAGAGGAGGAGCCAGAGCACCCUUGCAUGAAACAUAGUCACAACAUAUCAUCAAACGUUGAUGAUGAUGAGGAGGAGGAGGAGGAGGAUGAAGAGUCUGAUGGUGAUCAGACAUGUCACACUGACAACAAACCAUGGAAAUGUUCUCAGUGUGGGAAGACGUUUCCUUAUGAGAGUCCUUUCAAAAGACACAUGAGAACUCACACUGGCGAGAAACCAUUCACCUGUUCAGACUGUGGCCAAAGAUUCUCUCAGAGGGGAAACUUAAAAGUACACUCAAGAACCCACACUGGUGAGAAACCUUUUGACUGCUUAGUUUGUGGCCAAAGAUUUUCUGUGAAGCAUCACUUAAAAUUACACUCAAGAACGCAUACUGGUGAGAAACCUUUUGCCUGCUCAGUUUGUGGCCGACGAUUCUCUGAGAAGGGACACUUAAAAAGCCACACAAGAACACACACUGGUGAGAAACCUUUUGCCUGCUCAUUUGUGGCCAAAGAUUCUCUCAGAGGGGAAACUUAAAAGUACACUCAAGAACCCACACUGGUGAGAAACCUUUUGCCUGCUCAGAUUGUGGCC